AUGGGCCUGUGGCAGCGCGCCUUGCUGGGAUUGGACGGCGCGGGGAGCAGGUGGCGGGAACAACUGGGCGUACCUUCAGCGAAGCGACCGGAUGGGCCGCUGUUAUGGUUCCACGCUGUUUCUGUGGGCGAGAGCGCGAUCGCGAUUCCGCUGGUGCGCAAGUGCAUGCAGCAGCGGCCGCGCGUCAAAGUGCUCUUCACCACCCGCAACGCCCUCGCACUGUCCGUUGUCUCUAAAGCCUUUUCCAAGACGCAUGUCAUAUGCCAGCUAGCGCCAGUGGACGCGCCAGCAGCGGUGGAGCGAUUCCUCGCGCACUGGCAGCCCAACGCGGCAGUGUUCAUGGAGCAAGAGCUCUGGCCCAACCUCCUGCUCUCGCCCUCGCUGCUCAAAGUGCCCAUUGCGUUGCUCAACGCGCGCAUGACCCAAUCAACGUUUGACAGGUGGCAUGCCAUGGAUGGGCUCUUCCUCCCUCUCGUCUCCGCUAUGAUUGGUCGCUUCGCCCUCAUCACCACCACUAGCACGGAGCAGGGGCUGCGGUAUCAGCGGCUGGGUGCCAACCCCAUGCUCACACGCUACACCGGCAACCUCAAGUUCGAUCUAUCUCCUAACCCCACCCUUCUUCCGCUCAUGGAUUUUCCUUUUCAUUCCCCAAGGGCUCACUCUUCCCCUCUCCCCUAUCAUCAGCUCCAUUUCCCUCAUGGUUCCCACUGCCCCCCGCCCAUUUCCCCCCCGCCCAUUUUCCCCCUGCCCAUUUCCCCCCCAGCCAUCCUGCGUGUGCAUCGCAAUCUGAAGCACCGAGUGGCGGGGCUGCUCACCAUCAUCGUGCCGCGCGACCCGGGCAGAGGGGCGGCCAUUGGCAAGUUUCUGGCAUCGCAGCUGCACCACCCGCCACCACUGCAGCCGGGGAUGACAGCAGAGGAGGCGCGGGCCAAGCCGGUGAGAGUGGCUGUGCGCUCCCAGGGGCAGGCCGUGACCAGCGACACUGACUUCUAUAUUGCUGACACCAUUGGCGAGUUGACGCUGCUCUACUCCAUCAUCCCACUUGCCUUCGUGGGGGGAUCCCUGCUGCCCGGUCUGGGCGGCCACAACAUCGCUGAGCCUGCCGUCUCCUCCUGUGCCGUCCUCACUGGCCCCCACCUGGGUCACUUCGCCUCUGUGCUGCAGCAGCUGCAGCAAGUGGCGCCCCUCUCUGUGUGGCAGGUGGCGGACGAGCACGAGUUACAGACGGCAGUGCAUCAGCUACUGACCAACGAGGCGCAGCUGAACGCACGGCGCAUAGCAGCGCAGCGAGCAGCAGCGUCGGGCACGGAGGGCGUGGUGGACGAGGUGUGGGAGGCGCUCGACUUCGCCGUGCUGCAGCGCAUGACCCUCCCCGCCAUUGCCGCAGCAGCCAGCAACCGAGCGGCGGCAGCAGCAGCGCUGGAGCUGAGGGAAGACGGGCCGGAUGCAGAGCUCACAGGGGUGCUGCAGGCUCGCCUGGACCGCAUCGAGUCGUUUCCCUCAGCCGCAGGCGCCAUGCACGGUGCCGCGGUGGAUGGGGCGCCCUUGCUGUCUCCUGGUGGUGUGGGUCAUAAUGGAGGUGCGGGAGGAGCGUGUGGUGUUAUCAGCCCGCGGGGGCAAGUGGCGAGGGACGGACGGAGUGGUGCUACUGGGUCGGGGUCUGCAGCUGUGUUCAAGGGUGGUAGCAGUGGGAAGCUGGCUGUGGAUGGGGCCGGCAGCGCAAUGGAACAUCCUGACAUGCACCAUGCUGCCAUGGCACAUGCUCCCAAUUCCACAUUCUGCUGCCAUCAUACCAUCUGCUACAUGUCUGUGCCCAUUGAACAUGCUGCCAUGCCACAUGCGCCGGUGCAACAUGUGACCAUGCCAACGUAUGCUGCUACGGAACGGGAACAGAGGGACAAAAUAACGAGAGAGAGAGAGAGAGAGAGAGAGAGAGAGAGAGAGAGAGAGAGAGAGAGAGAGAGAGAGAGAGAGAGAGAGAGAGAGAGAGAGAGAGAGAGAGAGAGAAGAAGAGAGAAGAGAGAGAGAGAGAGAGAGAGAGAGAGAGAUAGAGAGAGAGAUAGAGAGAGAGAGAGAGAGAGAGAGAGAGAGGACUUAGCCUCUGCCCUCUGCCCUUCUCCUCUCCCUCUCUCCUCUUAG